AUGGAGAAUACUCCCAAGGAGAUGUGUCUGAUCUCUCUAGGAGUGCCGGCGAGCAAGUUGACAAAAGUCGACAGGAGGCAAAAGGUUGCUGCCACAGCUAGAAUGGCAAAUUUUAGCAGAACAGACACGAGUAGAAGCCUUGGGAGCCUUAUGGACUCGGACAAAAUAAGUUCUGGGAAAAAUGUUGCUCCUUCUGAAACCCGAAAGCUGAUUCCAGGGCAUGGCCUUGAAUUCAAAAACCUCUCGUACAGUGUGAUAAAGAAACAAAACAAGGAUGGUCAAAUGGUGAAGAAAGAAGCAUAUCUUCUUAGUGACAUCUCUGGCCAGGCAAUUGGAGGUGAGAUUAUGGCCAUCAUGGGGCCUAGUGGUGCUGGUAAAUCCACUUUUCUCGAUGCCUUGGCCGGUCGGAUUGCACAAGGGAGUCUUGAAGGAUCUGUCAGAAUUGAUGGAAAGCCAGUUAGCACAAGCUACAUGAAGAUGAUUUCUUCAUACGUGAUGCAAGAAGAUCAGCUCUUUCCCAUGUUGACAGUAUUUGAGACAUUCAUGUUUGCAGCCGAGCUCAGGCUUCCUCCUACCAUUUCCAGGACUGAAAAGAAAACGAGAGUAUACGAGCUCCUUGAUCAACUUGGCUUGCAGACUGCAACUCAUACAUAUAUAGGUGAUGAGGGGAGAAGAGGGGUGUCAGGAGGGGAACGACGGAGGGUCUCCAUAGGAGUUGACAUAAUCCAUAACCCAGCACUCCUGUUCCUUGAUGAACCCACCUCGGGUUUGGAUUCUACAAGUGCAUACAAUGUGGUAGAAAAGGUAAAGGAGAUAGCUAGAGGUGGCAGCAUAGUACUCAUGACCGUCCACCAGCCUUCAUAUCGAAUUCAAAUGCUCUUGGAUCGCAUCCUUGUCCUUGCAAGAGGAAAACUGAUAUAUAUGGGGAGCCCACUUAUCCUUCCUGCUCAUUUGUCUGGAUUUGGAAGGCCAGUUCCAGAAGGUGAGAACAGCCUUGAGUAUCUCCUAGAUGUGAUCAAAGAGUAUGAUGAAUCAACUGUAGGGCUAGACCCCUUAGUGCUGUAUCAACGAGAUGAUAUCAAACCUGAUCAAAUGGCCAGGACCCCCAUUCCAAAGACACCUCGCACGCCUUACAGAAGUUGCCAUGCACCUAAGCACAGGUUUAGCCUUCGUAGUCUUGCAUUCUCUUCUGCAACUCCCAUGACACCUCAACCAGGUUCUGGACAGUCCGAAUAUUUUGAGGAUGAUGAUGAUGAUGAGAAUUUCGACAACUCACUGGAGAGGAGAACUGUACAUACACCAAUGAGCAUGCAGAGUGGAGUCUAUAAUUCUCGCUUAGCUUCUCAUUUUUACAAAGAUUUUCCAGUUUGGCUCUACAAUGGGGUAAAGGGAACCCCUCGCCGUGCACCAUCAUGGACUCUGGCCAGAACACCAGGCCGGACACCCGGAUUAAACACUCCGGCAAGAAGCCUAGUUUCAAGCCAAUAUCCAACACCUCUACAAAACCCCACUAGAACUCCCGUAGUCUUUAGCCGGUCCAUGGAAUCUUAUGCCCCCAAUUCUUAUGAGGAAUUUGAGGAGGAAGAAGUGCUUGAAGAGGCACACCAUGGCCCCAAAUUUGCAAACCCAUGGCUACGUGAGGUUGCAGUGCUCUCAUGGCGCACAGCACUCAACGUGAUCCGCACUCCAGAGCUCUUCCUCUCACGUGAAAUUGUGUUGGCGGUUAUGGCAAUCAUUCUAUCUUCCCUAUUCAGAAACCUCGGCCAUCCUACCAUCAAAGACAUCAACCGGCUUCUCAACUUCUACAUCUUCGCAGUUUGUCUUGUUUUCUUUUCCUCCAAUGAUGCUGUCCCAACCUUCAUCCAGGAAAGGUUCAUCUUCAUCAAAGAGACUUCCCACAAUGCAUAUCGCGCUUCUUCCUAUGUCAUCUCCUCCCUCAUUGUGUAUCUUCCGUUCUUUGCCGUUCAAGGCUUUACCUUUGCAGCCAUCACAAAACUCAUCCUUCAUCUCAAAGGAGGUCUCCUGAACUUCUGGAUAAUCCUUUAUGCCUCACUCAUUACAACUAAUUCUUAUGUGAUGCUUGUUAGUGCACUUGUUCCAAGCUACAUUACUGGUUAUGCUGUUGUGAUUGCAACCACAGCUCUCUUCUUUCUUACUUGUGGGUUCUUUCUGAAGCAAUCUCAGAUACCUCCUUACUGGAAAUGGCUCCAUUAUAUCUCUGCAAUCAAAUACCCGUUUGAGGCAUUGCUAACAAAUGAAUUCAAAGGAGAUAGUUGUUAUAAUGGCCAGCCCCAAGAUCUUUCCCCAGGUCCUUUGGGAAAUGUGCGUAUCAGUCCACGGCAUGAAGAGAAGCUUGCGCUCGGAGAACUGAGAGACAAUUGCACGUUGAUCGGAGAAGAUGUUCUUUUUUCGAUGGAUAUUACCAAGGGUAUUUUGUAUGACAUCGCAAUUUUGCUGGCUUGGGGAGUUCUUUACCGCUUCUUCUUCUACUUGGUUUUGAGAUUUUACUCCAAGAAUGAGAGAAAAUGAAGUUUGUUUGCCUCUGAAUUCAAUGGUAGCUGGCUAAUGCAUAAUCUAAACAUAUUUGAUAGCACUCCAUCUUUCAAAAGUUUUCUUCUAAACAUGGGAGAUGCAUCAAAUCGAAGCUUGUUACUUGUUUCUCAUUGAUGGGUUCCAAAAUUAGACCAAUAAUGAUGUAUCUAUCUUUCUUUAGAAUUGGACCAUUCAAUUUGAUUGAAGAGGAUGAAAGUCAAAUACGAACGAGAUAGUACCAGAAAAUGCAAAGAAUCGCACAAUAUGAGUAAUGCUCGAUACAAGUUUCGGGCUUGUAAAAUGUU